AUGACAUUCAAUAUUGUUUAUAACAGUUUCCACGUGCACUUAUUCACGGACCUGGUUUGUGUUGUGUUUCAGUCGUUGGAUAUUCUCUUCUGUACGGCCUCGAUCCUUCACCUGGCCGCGAUCGCACUCGAUCGAUUUGUUCACGUACAUUCUUCUGUGACUUACUCACGCAAAUUUAACACAAAAAUUCACUUGGUAGUUAUUCUAUGCCUAUGGAUGCUAAGCGCAUUAAUCGCAUUUCUCCCGUUGAAGUUCAACUGUCAUCGACCGGUUCGAGGUGAUUGGGACGCGAAUAAUUCACAGCAGUUCACGCCCACGCGUGUUGAACACCUAUGUCAUCAUCAUGUGAAUCUAACCUGUGCUCUGAUCAAUGCAACCCUGAGUUUCAUUUUACCUCUUAUCUUCAUGAUCAUUGUGUACGGGAGACUGUUUCAAAUUACACGUCAGCAUUUGAACCAAAUCAAAUCACAAAAGCCGUCUGUCGAUUUGAUUGUUGAACGAGAAGAUAGCAGUUUGGAUAAAUUAGGCUGUGAGGCUGGUCCAUCACCCGAUCAGAGUUUGAACAGUCAGGCCGUUUCGUCAUCCAGCUUACGUGGUAAAUUCUAUUUGGAACCAAAUGAGGACGCACCGGAAUUCGAAACAAGCACACCGAACGUACGGCAUCACUCAGAUUGUAGCCAGAUGGGUAGUCGAGGCAACCAACGGCUCAGUCGAUCCACAAACGAUGCAAGUUUGCCAUUUUGUACGACAAACUCAUGGACAAACGGAACGCGUGUUUACAGACAACGAAAUAGCCUGAGUGUUCCAAUUCGAUACCCGGCACGUGCGGGGAACGAAAGUGUGCGUUCAUUUGGUAUGUUCGGAAGAAGUUUGAAAGAACCCACAAUGAGUAUGAUUAUGCGAAUGCGCGCUGCCACACACAACGAGCAUAAAGCGGCAAUCACCUUGGCUGUGAUAUUGGGAUCGUUCAUAUUAUGCUGGAUGCCAUAUUUCUUCAUCAACUGCUUGGCUGCAAUGUGCCAUUGUAUACGAAGGCUUCAAAUGAAAGCCGGACUAACACCGGUUGCCAAUGUGAAACUGAAACGAAACCGUUUGCUGAAAAUGAAAUCUUCACCUUAUUAUUAG